CUCAGGUCCCUUUUGGCCAUGGCAUUUCAUCACCGCAGCUGUCACGCUUCUCAAGCUGACGUUGACUGUGCUUUGCAAAGUUGGCCAUAAAGAAGCAGAGUGCUGAGGAUGUAGUGCAGUGGCAGAGCCCAUGCCUAGCACAAACGACCCUGGGUUCAACCUCCAGCACAGGAAGAAGGAAAAACAAGUCUGAAAGCUGAGAGAACCAAGCAUCCUGUCAGAACACCAGGGUUCUUGUGUUCUAGGUCCAUCCACAGCCGGAAGGAUCAUGCAGGCCAUCCUUGCUGUGAUGGCCUGGAUGGCUUCGUCCGUUUCUAGUGCUUCGUAUACCGCAAGUACUUUGCCAGAUAUAACAGAUGAGGAUUUCAUCAAAAAAUGUGUUCAAAUUCACAACCAGUUCCGGUCAAAAGUAAAUCCAACGGCCAGGAAUAUGCUGUACAUGUCUUGGGACCCAGCACUAGCCCGAAUUGCAAAAGCGUGGGCAAAAUCUUGUCGAUUUGCACACAACCCACAGCUGAAAUCACGGCUGCACCCAAGCUUCACCGUCGUGGGAGAAAAUAUCUGGACUGGAUCUUUAUCCCUCUUUUCGCCAUCUUCGGCCAUCUCAGACUGGUACAGUGAAAUCAAGUACUAUGACUUUGGCACUAGGAGAUGCUCUGAUGUCUGUGGCCAUUACACUCAGGUUGUUUGGGCAGACAGUUACAAGGUUGGCUGUGCAGUACAAUUUUGCCCUAGAGUUUCUAACUUUGAAAGCCUUUCUAAUGGAGCACAUUUUAUAUGCAACUAUGGACCCGGAGGAAACUACCCGACGCGGCCGUAUAAGCGAGGAACCACUUGCAGUGAUUGCCCAAAAGAUGACAGGUGUCUCAACAAUCUCUGCAUUAACCCACAGAGGGACGCUGUCUCACGUUACUACUCUGUUGACUAUCCAGAAUGGCCCAUAUAUCUACGUAACAGAUACACAUCUCUCUGUCUCAUUGUCAAAUCAGUACUUCUAAUACUGUCUGUUAUAAUUACCAUUUUGGUGAAGCACAAAUACCCUAACCUAGUUCUUGUGGACUAGUGCCAUCGCUGGGGACUACUUAGGCAUAAGUGGCUAUUUCAAAAUGUUUCAUAGAGCCAUAGAACUGCUGAGUUUCUGAUGUCUACAAAGAGCAAGCUCUCCUUUCCACUUGAUCAAUAAGGACGGUUGAGGUUGCCACAGCUAGGCUUUCAGCCACAGACAGCCUGCCUGCGGUUCAGAGCGGCAGACUACGCCUUUGAUAAUUCUCAAUCCCAUAGCCCUCACAGCUCCCAGGUUAAGAACACUGGCUGCUCUUGA